UAUGUGCCAGGCACUUAAAUACAGGAGGAGCAGAGAGUAACACAAGGACAUUGCAGUUAUCUAACCAGCACACGUUCUAGUAGGACGGCAUUCCAGUGACUAGUAUCAUGAUCCUUCCAUCCAUUGUGCUACUGAUCUGGACCAUCCUCCCUUUACAUUCUGCACAAGUGGCCGAGUAUCAAAACAUUUACUUUGGCCAGGCUCAAGGCUUAGUGUCUAUUCCAUCUGUCCCUCCCGAUACCAAAAUUAUUUUACUAUCCUUCAAUCAUAUUUCAUCCAUAUCCCUGGAUUCUUUCAAAAGCCUCCCCCAGCUCCAAAGUCUCAGUCUUGGAGCACAGUUUACCAAUGGAUCUUUCUAUGUUGCUCAAGAUGCUUUUCAUAACCUGCCUAACCUCAUCACCCUUGACCUUGGUGGAAACCGCAACCUCAGUUUACAUUCUGAUGCUUUCCGAGGGCUUUCCAAACUAGAAACCCUGCUACUUGAUCAUAAUGGACUAAAUGAAAAGGUCCUAGAAUCUGGUUUCUUUGGUGAGUUAACAUCUCUGAAGAAGCUUGACCUGUCCUAUAAUAAUAUACGCAGACUGCAGCCAGACCCUAGCUUCCUGGGGUUACAUUCAAUCUCUACCAUCAUUUUGAAGCUCAACAAAAUCAAUGAUUUAUGUGGAGACACUCUCCAGAACUUGCAGGGAAGAAGAUUGGAGUUACUUGACCUCUCAUCUAAUCCCCUUCAGGUUUAUAACACAUCCCUAUGCCCCAACCCCUUUACAAACAUCACAUUAGACACCCUAGAUGUAUCUUCAAUGGCCUGGAAUGCAGAAAAGGUGGAAACAUUCUUUAAAAUGAUUUCUGGGACUCAAGUCAAACAUGUCCGGAUGAGGCAUAAUGCUUUGCUGGGAAGUGGAUUUGGCUUUAAAAACCUGAAGAACCCAGAUAAAAGCACAUUCUCAGGCCUUAGCCUCAGUAAUGUCUACAUUCUUGACAUAUCUCAUAGCUUCACCUCAGCAUUGUCAUCCGAAAUAUUUUCUGCGUUCCCAAAACUAUUGCUUCUAGAUCUGUCCUCCAGCCAAAUCAACUACAUCAGCCCUGGAGCAUUCUCAGGUUUAAGACAACUGGUGAGUCUUAAUAUGUCAGGAAAUCUCAUUGGAGAUAUUACGAGCAGCAGUUUUGCAAAUCUGUCAUCUUCUCCCCUUAUAGCUCUGGAUCUUAGUUCCAAUCAUAUUGGAGCUAUACAACAUGAAGCCAUGAAUGGCCUUGUUUCCUUGGAUUCGCUCAGCUUAAGGGACAAUUCCCUUACACAAAUCCCACCAGUCAAGCUGCCAAGUUUAAGUUUUGUCUUAUUAAAACAAAAUCGCAUCUCCAGCACUUAUGGUCUUACCUCCUUCUGCCCUAACAGUAAAUUUGUGGAUCUUUCAAAUAAUCGUCUGACUGAUCUGAGGACCUUGUGGGAUAUCCUUCAGUUACGUUCUCUAACACAACUUCUACUAGGUAAUAACAAACUUUCACGGUGUUCGCCUAAUUACACUAAUAAACAUGUGGGCAACAGUUCCCUUCUUUAUUUAGAUCUGUCAGAUAACGACCUAGGACAAGUUUGGAAUGUCGACCAGUGUUCAGAUAUCUUCAUGCCUCUGGCCUCACUGGAAACACUCAAUCUUGCAAGGAACCGCAUUAACUCUCUGCCUGAAGACGUAUUCAGAGGGCUAAAGAGUCUCCAAACUUUAGACUUGUCUGGAAAUAACCUACGACUCAUUCAUCAGAAAUUGUUUGUUAAUCUGAAAACACUGAAGUCCUUAAAUAUAGGAAGCAACGACCUUGUCACCCUGUCAUCCUCAACUUUUACACCUCUCGUGUCCUUAAAAAGCCUCGACUUAUCAGAUAUCACAUUUGUAUGUAACUGUGCCAUCAACGAAUUUUGGCAUUGGAUGAUAACGACUAAUGUGACUAUAGUCAAGCGUAGGAAUGAGGUCAAAUGCCUCAAUCUGUCUCCACCUGUACGAGAGAUACCACUGGCGACUUACUUCAAUGAAUGUUAAGGAAGACCUCUAUCAUUUGGAUUUCGUACAUUAUCUAUUGGAUAUAUUAGGUCUAGCAUAUAGCAUUAUCAAGCCAUCCUGCUCUUUCUGCCUGUAUGGGUUUGGGUUUCACCAAUGUUAUGUUUAAGUGAUGGGUUUACAUUAUUAUACACAUUAUUAAUCUACAAUAAAAUGUAAUUUUGUAAAUACA